AUGCCUUCCGAUCAGAUGCAGCGUUUGACUCUUUGGAGCACCAUCGCCGGCCCCAAUCCGUGGAAGGUGGCCUUUGUGCUCGAAGAGCUCGACAUUUCGUACGACACGAAACUCAUCGACUUCCCCGACAUGAAGAAACCGCCCUUCGAGAAAAUCAACAUCAAUGGCCGUGUCCCUGCCCUUCAAGACCCUAACACUGGCAUAACUCUUUGGGAAUCCGGCGCUAUCAUCGAAUAUCUUGUGGAAACUUACGACAAGACGAACAAGAUCAGUUUCGCCCCUGGUACCGCCGAAUACUUUCAUGCGAAGCAAUGGCUGCACUUUCAAAUGUCCGGGCAAGGACCAUAUUUCGGUCAGGCAAUCUGGUUCGACAGAUAUCACCCAGAACAGGUCGAAACCGCCAAAGAUCGCUAUGUGAACGAGAUACGCAGGGUUUGCGGAGUGCUAAACAGAGCUCUGGAGGGAUCCGAAUACCUUGUGGGUGGAAAGUACAGCUAUGCAGAUGUUGCGUUUCUCCCAUGGUUCAUUCUUGCGUUUUUCCAGUGGUAUAAUACGGCGGUCCCAGGAGUAUUUGCGCAUAAAGUUCAGGUUUCAGAGGAAUUCCCUAAUAUGGCUGCUUGGUUGACGAGAAUGAGAGAGAGACCUGCUAUCUCAAAGGUGUUGGAAAAGAGAGCCAGCCUAAUGAAGUAG